AUGGCUUCAAACAAGUUUAUCUUGCUCACCAUUGUUGCCAUAUUUCUUCCCGCAAUCACCAUGGCAACAGAUUACAUCGUCGGAGAUGACAACGGCUGGACGAUCAAUUUCGAUUAUCAAGCUUGGGCAAAGGAUAAAGUAUUUUGGGUUGGCGAUAAAUUAGUAUUCCAAUACCCUCAAGGAUAUCACAAUGUGUUCAAAGUAAAUGGUACCGCUUUCAAGAACUGUGACAUUCCACCGGCUGACGAAGCUCUCACCUCCGGGAAUGAUACAAUAGUCCUUAAGACUCCAGGAAGAAAGUGGUAUAUCUGUGGCGUUAGUGACCAUUGUGCCGCCUAUAACCAGAAGCUUGCCAUCACUGUCCAAUAUUCAUAUGGCUCUCCACCCGCGCCUGCUCCAUCUUCCCCAUGGGCACCAACUCCUGGAUCUUGGCCACCAGCUACACCUCCAGUGCCAGCCACACCAACUCAGCAUUGGGCACCAGCUCCUCAACCUUGGUCACCGACUCCAUCUCCACCUGCCCCUACUGCACCUUGGCCACCGGCUCCAUCUCCCUAUCCAUGGAUUUGA